ACGUCAUCAGGAAGUUCCGCUGAACGUACGGCUGCCGAGUUCCGGUGGAGACCUCUCUAUACCGGAGAACCUAGUCCGGUGUGUACGGCCCUCGUCUGUUUUCUGUGCAUCUCGAGCAGCGUUCCCGGGCUUGUGGCAUGGAGGCGCGAUUCACGCGCGGGAAGUCCGCGCUACUCGAGCGUGCGCUGGUGCGGCCGCGCACCGAGGUGAGCCUGAGCGCCUUUGCCCUUCUCUUCUCUGAGCUGGUGCAGCACUGUCAGAGUCGUGUCUUCUCUGUGGCCGAACUUCAGGCCCGACUGGCUGCCUUGGGCCGCCAGGUGGGCGCUCGGGUCCUAGAUGCCCUGGUGGCUCGCGAAAAGGGUGCCCGGCGCGAGACCAAGGUGCUGGGUGCACUGCUGUUCGUCAAGGGCCCGGUGUGGAAGGCUCUGUUCGGCAAGGAGGCGGAUAAGCUAGAGCAGGCCAACGAUGAUGCCCGCACUUUCUACAUCAUUGAGAGAGAGCCGCUCAUCAACACCUACAUCUCGGUGCCCAAGGAGAACAGCACACUCAACUGCGCCAGCUUCACAGCGGGCAUCGUGGAGGCAGUGCUCACGCACAGCGGCUUCCCCGCCAAGGUUACAGCACACUGGCACAAGGGGACCACACUCAUGAUCAAGUUCGAAGAGGCUGUUAUUGCCCGAGAUCGGGCCUUGGAGGGACGCUGACCCCACAGGAGAUAAAGGAUGAGCAGAUCCUGUUCCCAAGCCUGUGUUGUGUCUUGUGUAGGGGUGUCAGAUCUGCCCACACCCUGAUCCUGGCCCUAUGUCCCAGGACGAGAGAGUAUGGAGGCAAGCUUGCCAGGCCUAGGUGAAGCGUGGAGAAGUGGACAAUUGGCUGAGCUGGUUCUGCCGUUCAGAUGAGGUUGGAGGCUUGGGUAUACUGGGGAUAUAGGGCAUCUAUGGGAUUAUCGUUGGAGCCUGCAGGCUGGACGGGGAGGGCAGGGAUAUGAGGUUAAGAAGGACCAGGGCCUGGCAAAGUGCCAGUGCUGCAGCCCAGUUGUUAGAGUGCUCUGUGUUUGAUUCCUUCAGCCACAGAAACUGGGCAUAGUGGUCAAAUUGCCCACCACAACACUAGGAAUAGAG